AUGGACUCGCGGAGCCCGCUGUCUCCCCGAGCCAGCGCCUUCAGCAUCGCCUCUUUGGUUGCAGCCGAGGCCGCUGCCGCUGCCCAGGGCACCGCCCACAGGGGUCCCAGAGUCUCUGACCACCGAGUCAAACUUUGCCCGCCGCCAGGAUCCCCGGCUGGGAUGCACUUCAGCACCGUCACCAGGGACAUGGAAGCCUUCACGGCCAGCAGCCUGAGCAGCCUGGGGGCCGCGGCGGGGGGCUUCCCGGGCGCCGCGUCGCCGGGCGCCGACCCGUACGGCCCGCGCGAGCCGCCGCCACCGCCGCGCUACGACCCGUGCGCCGCCGCCGCCUCUGCUGCCGCCGCCGCUGCCGCCGCCGCCCCCGGCGCCCCGGGUCCGCCGCCGCCGCCGCGUGCCUACCCGUUCGCGCCGGCCGCCGGGGCCGCCACCGAGCCCGAGGAUCCUGCGGCUAGUUGCGCGGCCGCCGCCAAGGCGCCGGUGAAGAAGAACGCCAAGGUGGCCAGCGUGAGCGUGCAGCUGGAAAUGAAGGCGCUCUGGGACGAGUUCAAUCAGCUGGGCACCGAGAUGAUCGUCACCAAGGCCGGCAGGCGGAUGUUCCCCACCUUCCAAGUGAAACUCUUCGGCAUGGACCCCAUGGCGGACUACAUGCUGCUCAUGGAUUUUGUGCCAGUGGACGACAAACGUUACCGGUAUGCCUUCCAUAGCUCCUCCUGGCUGGUGGCUGGCAAGGCGGACCCGGCCACGCCGGGACGGGUGCACUACCACCCCGACUCGCCAGCCAAGGGCGCACAGUGGAUGAAGCAAAUCGUGUCCUUCGACAAGCUCAAGCUGACCAACAACUUGCUGGAUGACAAUGGCCACAUUAUCCUCAACUCAAUGCACCGAUACCAGCCUCGCUUCCACGUGGUCUAUGUGGAUCCACGCAAAGACAGCGAGAAAUACGCGGAAGAGAACUUCAAAACCUUUGUAUUCGAAGAGACUCGCUUCACCGCGGUCACCGCCUACCAGAAUCACCGGAUCACGCAGCUCAAGAUCGCCAGUAACCCCUUCGCCAAAGGCUUCCGCGACUGUGACCCGGAGGACUGGCCCCGGAACCACCGGCCCGGUGCGCUGCCGCUCAUGAGCGCCUUCGCGCGCUCGCGGAAUCCCGUGGCCUCUCCUACGCAGCCCAAUGGCUCCGAGAAAGCGGCGGCUGAGGCCCGGCGAGAGUUCGAGCGGGAUGCGGGCGGCCCGGCCGUGCUCGCCGACCCCGCGCACCCGCCGCAGCUGCUGGCACGGGUGCUGAGCCCCGCGCUGCCCGGGGCCGGCAGCGCCGGCGGACUCGUCCCGCUACCCGGUGGUCCCGGAAGCCGGCCCAGCCCCCCGCACCCGGAGCUGCGCCUGGAGGCGCCCGGUUCAUCGGAGCCGCUACAUCACCACCCGUACAAGUAUCCGGCCGCCGCCGCAGCCUACGACCACUACCUCGGGGCCAAGAGCCGGCCAGCGCCCUAUCCGCUGCCCGGCCUGCGCGGCCACGGCUACCAUCCACAUGCACACGCACACCCGCACGCGCACCACCACCCCGCCGUGAGUCCGGCCGCGGCUGCAGCCGCCGCCGCGGCCGCUGCCGCCGCGGCCGCCAACAUGUACUCGUCGGGGGGACCCGCGCCUCCCGGUCCCUACGACUAUUGCCCCAGAUAA